AUGGGGCGAUUCUUGCCGCCUGCCUCUCGACAUGAGAAACAACCAACCCUUAGUGGUAUAAAGCGAGGUGGCCUAUAUGAAGUAGGUUAUAGUGCAGAUACUGCUCAGAAAGUUGAAGUAUUAUCUAGAAUAGUGGAUCAACUCACUGCUCCCAAGCUUAAAGAUCCUGGUGCACCUACCAUUUCUUGUGUCAUAGUUAAAAAGGCACUCCUUCACUUAGGUGCUAGUGUCAAUCUUCUUCCCUAUUCGGUGUUUGGUGAGUUGAAACCUACAUCAGCGACUCUUCAAUUAGCUGAUCGUUCCCUUAAAACCCCUCGUGGUAUAAUUGAGGAUGUCCUAGUUAAGGUCGAUAAGUUCUACUUUCUUGUUGAUUUCCUUGUCUUUGACAUGGAACCUGCAUUAACUAAUAAGAAACAGAUCCCAAUCAUCUUAGGACAACCUUUCUUAUCCACUGCCAAUGCAUGCAUUAACUGUAAGAUGGGAGUGAUGGAAGUAUUAUUUGGAAAUAUGCAAGUCAAGAUGGAUGUGUUUCAAGCAUCCGAACACCCUUCCAAUGAUAGUGAAUGUUGUACAGUUGAUAUGGUUAAUGAAUUGAUGGAGGACAUUCUUCCAUUUACUCUCUUAAUAGAUCCUUUAGAGACAUGUCUUACUCAUUUCGGAUUUGAGAAUUUUGAAAUUGAUAGAUCUAUUGAGAAGGUCAACAUUUUGCUUGACUUUGCUCCUCACAUGAACCUUCAAUUAUGGAAAUCUCAAAUUGAGCUCCUUUCUACUCUCUCUAAUGAGCUUGCAGUACCUUCCAUUGUGACCCCACCAAAACUUGAGUUGAAACCUCUUCCUGCUUCACUUAAAUACUAUUUCUUAGGGCCUAAUGACACUCUUCCUGUUUUGUUAGCGGCAUUGCGGAACCGGUAUACUGAAGAGACGAAAUGUCUGGGAAUCUACAAUCUUCUAGACUUCUAUCAUUUGGAUUGA